AUGAUGUCUCUAGAAGGGAAAUCGAAUGCAACGAUCGGAGCCCGGUGCAUGUCGCCUUCGCUACACCAACCGUCCUCGUCGGUUGCCCGUCCUGAGACUUGGCACAGCAAGUCCGUAGAGCUGGUAGCCACUGGGAUGCCUCCCGACCUUUUCCGCCGGCUGGACCAAAGACGUGGUCAGGGCGAGGACCUGUCAGUACCGACCGGUUGGGUCUGGCACUAG